GAGGCGGCGGCGGCCGCGGCGGCGACGCGGCGGGCGGCGUUUGGUUUCUCCUCAGCGCGGCCCCUGUUUUGCGGAGGGGGGGGCGGGGGGAGAGCCCAUCCAUGACCAUGGGCGACAAGAAGAGCCCGACCAGGCCAAAAAGACAAGCGAAACCCGCGGCGGACGAGGGCUUCUGGGACUGCAGCGUGUGCACCUUUAGGAACAGCGCGGAAGCCUUCAAAUGCAGCAUCUGCGACGUGCGCAAAGGCACCUCCACCAGAAAACCUAGAAUAAACUCUCAGCUGGUUGCACAACAAGUGGCCCAACAAUACGCCACACCCCCACCACCGAAAAAGGAAAAGAAGGAAAAAGUGGAAAAGCAGGAAAAAGAGAAACCAGAUAAAGAGAAAGAAAUUAGCCCUAGUGUUACAAAGAAAAACACCAACAAGAAGACAAAACCAAAGUCAGAUAUUCUGAAAGAUCCUCCUAGUGAAGCAAACAGUAUACAGUCUGGGAAUGCUACAACAAAGACCAGUGACUCAAAUCACACUUCAAGGCCCAGGCUGAAAAACGUGGACAGAAGCACUGCACAGCAAUUGGCAGUAACAGUGGGAAAUGUCACAGUCAUUAUCACAGACUUUAAAGAAAAGACUCGUUCUUCUUCUACAUCAUCAUCGACAGUGACCUCGAGUGCAGGAUCAGAACAGCAGAACCAGAGCAGCUCUGGAUCGGAGAGCACAGACAAGGGCUCAUCCCGUUCCUCAACGCCCAAGGGUGACAUGUCAGCAGUAAAUGAUGAAUCUUUCUGAAAUUGCACAUGGAAUUGUGAAAACUAUGAAUCAGGGUAUGAAAUUCAUAUCUUCCACCUGCCCAUGCUGCUUGCAUCCCUGGAGAUUCUUCUGUGGACAUCGACCUAGUGAUGCUGCCAGGAUCAUUUCUGCUUGCCAUGGGCAUCUGGCCAGCAAGGAAUUUCGCACCCUGACAAUUACUCUUGACACUUUUAUGUAUUCCAUUGUUUUAUAUGAUUUUCCUAACAAUCAUUUAUAAUUGGAUGUGCUCCUGAAUCUACUUUUUAUAAAAAUCUGCUGUGCACAAUUUUCCAUGUACAUUACAACUGUUGGGUUUUUUUUUGGGGGGGGGGAAGGAGGGUGGGCAGAGCAGGGAGGGGGGGCUUUAUUUAUUGCAGUCACAGACUCCAUCCUUUUCAGCAUAUCCUUUAAGUUUAGUUCUUUCUUCCAGUUAUACUAUGUACUAUCAGUUUUGAUAUAACUAUAUAUAUAAAUAUAAAAAUAUAUAUAUAUAAAGGGUUAUUUGAAACCAAUACAUGGCAACGCUGGUGCUUUGAUACACUGUGAAGUGAAAACAGCAUUGAACAGUUACAGAUCUGGGACAGUCCCUUCUAUAAAAGUGAUGAAACUAAAUUGAAACCAGUCUUAUAUGAAGUGUGUUCUAACCCUAUGUGGGAACUUAAGUCUCUCAUCUGUCUAAAGAGUACUGGAUGGUAUAAAUUUAUGUUUUUUAGGAAUGUGAUCUCAAAUUACAAGACUGCUCCAGAUAUCCAUCCUGCAUUUGCAAUAGAAUAACAAGUCACAAGUUCUCUUGUCCAAUUGGAAGUGCUUGAUCAUUCAAAAGUAAUUUAAACUGGCUUCAGAAUGCCAAGUAAAUUAUGGUUAUAUGUUAACAUUGCUAAUUCUUGCAUAACCAACCAUUCAUAAAAAUAUGGUAUUCUGUAACUUGAAUUCCAUCCAUUUUCCAGACCUGUGUUCAUGACUGAGGUAAUUAUUAAAAAAAAAUCUAUAAAGUGUCUCUUAGUUUUAGGAUUUAAGACAUUAAAAUCAACACUGUAAUUGUAGGGCUGGAAUGUUUUUCAGUCAAUACAGUAAGCAGUUACUUGUUUCCAUGUAACAUUGCCUAGUGAUUUUUGUAAUUAAAUUUUGCCUUUCUUUUCCUUCUCCUUAUUCCCUAAAAGCUUCUUUCCUCUCCCCUCCCCCCUCUCCCUAGAUCUGCUUGUUUUCUGAAGGGGAUUAUGAACUAUAUAUGUUUAAUACCAACAUGGUGAUUUUCAAUGUUUGUAGAAAUUCAUUGGUAUUCUAUCGUGGGAAGCUUCAGUUGUGAACAGUGUUCAUGCUAGUAUCUGAGACACAAGCGCAGCUCAUGCUGAUGGGGCUAGUUUUUCCCUCUAGAUACAAAGAUGAUCUGACUUAAGGAAAUUCUUCCCAACCUCUUAAGAGUUACUUUGCAGUUUGGUUCCUAUUUAAUUGUCCCUUGAAAACACUAGUGUGAUUUUUUUUUUCUUAUUUUUUUUUCUUUUAGCCUUUAUCUGUAUUGGUUUUUAUACACUUACUCAUGUGGCCCAGAGUGCUUCUGAAUCAUUUCAAGCACAGAGCCAGUUCAAUAUAUAUGGUCAUGCUUUAGGUACUCACAUGUGAGAGCAGCCAAUUUGUAAUGACGCACCAGAUUAUGUUAUGAUAACUUGGUUUGGGAAAAAAAAUAACUUAUGUAUAUGGAGGCAACUGAGUAAAAAAUAAAAUUAUCAGCUUGAUUUUUGAGUAGCCAACAGGCAAGGUUCCUUUCACAUUUACAUUAAAACUAUUUCUGUAGUCACUAAUGCAUCAUAAUUUAAAUUCUAUUCUCAAAAAAGCAUAGAUUACAAAGCAGUGCCAUUUGUUGCUAUGGUCCUAGUCUAAAAUGCAUGGACAAUGUUCCCCUCUUUUUAAAUUAUACUUGUAUCAAAGAUGCAAGUUGUAAUUACCUUUUUUAAAUACGUUUUUAAAGUAUUUAUUAAUGAACCAAAGGAAAACAGAUGCUUUCCAUAGCAUCAGAAUAUAUAAUACAUAGUGGUUUGACUAUGAAUUUUAAAUCCACAUUUUAAUGUUAGUGGGAUAUUGCAAAGACAUUCCUUCUAAAGUUUUAAUAUUCCUUUUAUUAAGGGUCUCAGGGAGGGUAAACUGGUCAGCCAUAUUUAUUUUCCAGAGGUGUAUGGAGAUGCUAAGUUUUUAUUUUACAAAAAAAAAAAAAAAUACCACCAAACUAAUGUGUAUGUUGCACUGCUUUUAUGAAUCAGUAAGUGUUAGUUUGCACUUUGUUCAGAAACACUGUGUGUAUUUUUUCAAAAUUAGUUUCAUGUAAAGUGAAUGGACCCCUAGUUUAGUGGAAAAGCUGAUUAACCAGCUACUCAUAGGCUGCUAAUUCAUUCAUUGCUAAUGUCUUGGUUUUUCAGUUUUGCCUCCUUGGUAAAUUAACUUAUUUUAGGGAGGGGGAAAGAAAGGGAGGAGACUUGCUUUGGAACAAAUGGAAUAAAACUCUGCAUUGACUAGAAAUUGCAGCUAAAAGUGGAAGUUGCUAGCUAAGCAGUCAAAUUUCAUUGUUGGGCCAGUCCUUUAGCUGCUGUUGCGUAUUCUGUUAAGGUAGUGUAGGUACUUUUAGACUUUUAAUUUCUGAAAUUGAUUACACCCCUCAGGCAUGUAUUCUGGAAAUGGAAUUCCCAUGAUUUCCUGCUUUUGCAGCACGUAAAAAACACUAGUGUAGAUUAUAUAUAUAUAUGUGUGUAUGUGUGUGUGUGUGUGUGUAUGUGUGUAUAUAUAAAUAUAUGAAAUACAUAUAUACAAAUAUAUACAUAUGUGUAUAUGUGUGUAUACAUACAUACAUACACACAUAUAUAUAUAUAAAGGACCAGAAAUACUUGGUAUUCAGUGGCACAGAACGCAGGUUAUUUAAAAAUAAAAAAAUUAAAAAUUAAAAAAAAAAAAAAAAGCACAGUGUUAGGCUUGCAAGUUUCACUUUUUAAUGCCACACAGUCUCUCACGUGUGUGCAUGCGCACACAUAGACACACAGAGCUUGCCUGACUUGCUGUACCUGAGUCAUGCAAUGAAAAAAAGGAAACAUUUAACACAAACAAAAAGAAAAAUAUUUAUUUUAAUCAAUAACUUUCGGUUUAAAUUUGGCUAAUUAUAAAAAUUGGCAGACGCUUCUGUGAGUUUAGUUCCACUAAGAUGUUUCACCUGCCUUAUCAAGACCAUUCUCAGUCUACUUUUUUAAGCUACCAUAUCUUAAAUUAUUGAAAAUUUAUUAAUUGCUGAAUAUAUAAUAACCUUUGCUUGUAUGUAACCGAAAAUGGUUUAAGAGCCAACAUUUAGAAAUGUAUGACAAUGGAGCUGAACAGUUUUUAAUGCGCAAGCAGUUCUGUUCUUGUGUAUGACUUGUAACCUUAAUUUACUGUGUAAAGAUGGUUACAUUAUUUCCUUAGCUUUGUUUGUUGGAGACAAAUAGAGAAUGCUUGUUAAGUAUGUCAAAACAUAAUCUUAUCUUGUGAAUUUUUGUUAAUGUAUUAUACGAGCUCUAUUUUUCAUUUGCCCAGAAAGACAGCUUGUAUAACGCUUUUGAAAGUUUCUGCUCUGUAAAGUCUUUAGAGCUGACAGUCUGUUAGGUUUGUUUUUAUCUUCAUGCUAAAAGUGUCAAUUGGUGGUUUUGUGAACUGGUCAGAAAUUCACAGGUCUUAAAUGUUUUGGGAAAAUUUAUAUCGGACACUGCUCUUUGUCUAGCAAAUAAAAGAUGUUAAUAUAUUCCUGUUACUGGCAUGUGCACGACUAUGUUAUUAGAAGCCACUUUAUCAUUUUCCUGCUUUAAAUAGAAAUGUCUAUUUAUGAAUUCUGCUUGUAGUUUUUUCACAAAUAAAAUAGUAAAAUUUAAA